AUGUCUAAUCCCGAAGAUGAUUCGGGACGGCAUCUUAAACGUUUGGCACGAAUUUUCGGUGUUUCUAGGCAGCUUCAACGGUUACGGCUCAAACGAUCGGCAGCGUCUAAACUUUCAAGGGAAGAGAAAGAAAAGGCUCUAAUUGCCCUUGGAAAGGAGCAGAGACCCUUGCGAAUAGCACGAAUUGGAGCCAAUCAUCGAUAUGUGUUGGAAAUUGUUGCAGAUUUUUUCGGCGUCGAUACGGAAGAUAUUGUUGCAGGAAUGCUGGAUUCUGACGCUCACAUUGACUUGAUGGACGAUUUGUUUUCAGCAAGAGGUGUGCACGGAGUGAUCUUUUUCUAUCGCAAAAUGUUGGGAUAUCCCAUAAAUUCAGGAAGAUACACAGUCAGAAAUAAGAAUCUGACGAUAACCCGCGCGGUAUGUUUGAACAGCAAAAGUGCAAACCCGACGAAAGCGUGCAUUGUCGCUUAUCGGACGAACAACGAAAAAUCAGUUGAGACUAGAACCAUCCCGGAGGAAAUUUAUUUCUUCAAAAUGGGCGGUACUGAGACGGAUUCAGCUAUAGCUGGCGUGAAGGAUCAAGUGCAAAAGGCUUUCUCAGAAGCUGUAAUUGCUAUUACAGAUUAUGGCAGUUGUACGGAACGCAAUAAGAAGGAUUUUAUACACAGCCUGAAAAAUUUCAACGACUUCAUGUCUGCAACGGAAGAGGCCAUUAGGACUGGUGUUGUAUUCGAAGUUUCCCACGAACUUUACAGAGGACAUUUGCUUGUUAAUUUCCAAAUCGAGGCGACUGCGAAAAACAGGAAACGCGUCGAGCAGGUGGAGGCCUCAUUCAAGAGAUGGAUGAAGCAAAUUCAAAGGAUAAUCAACGAAGGCAGACAAUUGCAUCGCGAUACACCAGAUGUGGGCCCGUUGCAAAUGCUGGAGCAAUGGCGAAGAAUGUUAACUCGAUACAGAUCUGUGGUGGAAUUCGUCAGCUCGCAACCUUUUGUUAGUCAUUAUACGUGUUUGGUGCUAUCCAGAUCAUCAAAAUUACUGAAGCAAUGGAAAGAUAUCGAUAAUCAAGUAACAGUCGCAAUCAAUGAAGCGCAGGAUAAUGUAAGAUACAUUAGCACGUUGCAAAGAUUCUGGGAACCGUUGUACAGACCACUUCCACAAGACAUGAUAGCUUGCCUUCCCCCUUUGCUAACAUCGAUACGGAAUGUGUGCAGAUCAGCACAUUUCUUCAAUACAACGGAAAAUACAACUGGGAUCCUCGUCAAAAUAACUAAUCAGUUAACGCUCUCUUGCCGUUAUUACUUACUUGGUAAAUCCACCAAUAUUUGGGAUGUCCCGAAACAUGAAGUUAUCGAGAAAAUAGCAAAAUGCAAUGAGGUUAUGCAAAGUUACAAGGAUGCCUUCUUCAGUACAGUUUCAGACAUGGAACAAAACAAUGAGAAACCUUGGGAGCUGUCGCCUGUGUAUAUAUUCUGCAAUUUGGAGAAGUUUUUAAAACGGCUUGAAAAGAUCAAGGAUAUAGUUAAUACAGAAAUCACAUACCGAAUAUUGGAUAAGAUACAAAUAAGUGGAAUGGAAAAGUUCGCUCGCGAAAUAAAGGAUUCACUGGAGAAGAUAAAGUCAAAGCCUUAUAAGCCGCUGAACUAUCGCUUAGAAACGUUUGACAAAGAUUACGAAAUCUUUGUACGAGAAGUGGAAGCGGCUGAGCUACAUAUGCAAGCCUUCCUAAAAAAGCAAAUAGAAGGGAUACCUACUUCUGAUUCUGUUUUGUUGGUCCUGAAGCGCUUCGAAAAACUGAAUCUGGACUGCUUAUGUAUGGAUAGGAGAUACCUAGAAGUUGCAGAAUUACUUGAAAAUGAAAUUCUAACAUUGAAAGAUGUGUAUAAUCAACAACGAAAUAACCCACCGAUUCCGAAAAAUAUGCCACCAGUGGCUGGGCGGAUCUAUUGGAUUCGUAUGUUAUUUAAAAGGAUCGACAAUGUUAUGAACGCAAUUAAGGAACGUCCAUGUGUAAUGGGACAUGAAAAAUCACAACUGGCUGUUAAGUAUUACAAUUACAUGGCUGGCAUUGUUGCACAUUAUGAGAUGACUCAUCACAAGGCGUGGUUUGAUUAUGCUGAAGAAGUUAGAGCACUUCUUCAUGUACCUGUUUUUAAAAGAGAAAAUCCUAAAGCAAAGUUGGAACUGCAACUUCAUCCGGAAAUAUUCCAACUUAUUCGGGAGACAGAAUGCAUGUGGAAGCUCAAUUUGGAGGUUCCUGACAUAGCUGCAAUUGUAACAUUCUGUAAAGAAAAGGUCAUAAACGCAUCCUACGAACUAAAAAGUAUAUUACGCAGGAACGAAAGACUACGGAAUUCAAUAUCGUCUGUAUUCGUUACGAUAAUGCGUUUCGAACUGAGGUCGUUAGAAUUAGCGUUAAAACCAGGGCUAUCAACAAUUACAUGGACCUCAGAAAGACUUCAGGAUUUCGUAGCAGAAGCACAAAUAGCCAUGCAAAAUAUAGAGAAUUUCUACGAAUCGGUUGAACAUAUCGAACGAGAACGAAUACUAUCUGUUAUGGAGCGGAUAUCAAAUACGAACUUGAUGUAUCUACCGGAUACACCCCUAACACCAAAGACAUUCACUGAAGAAAAUAGUAAACUUCGUCAAAGUGUUGAAAAAAUGCUUGAAAACAAAUCACUCACAACUGAAAAGGCUACUAUUGAACUCAUUAAUACUUUCGCGGAUAAGAUAGACUUUCCUGAAGUUGAUCAUCGAAACCGCCGAGUCUUUCAAUUGCCUUUGGAAGAGAUUAAUGAUGAGAAUUGGAGAUACGAAGCAACUCUUCCUGUUGAUAAAUAUGAUUGGAUCCUUUUCGAUCGUAUCUACCACACAGUGUGGUUUCCCUCUGACACUGUACGCAAGAAGUUGUGCUUCAAAGACUAUGAAAAUAUCAAUGAGGACAUGUUCACGUUUCGAGUAGAUUGUAUGGACUUAUUUUCUCAUUUUAAUAACAAGAUGAUAGCUGCUUUAGCCCAUAGUUCGAAACAAUCUUUGGAUAUUUUGAGGAAACGUUUUAUUUGCAGUUCUGCUGCGGGCCACUCGUUUGAGCAGCCUCCAUUGCUGACUACUGAUAUGGAAUUGAUAAAGCCUUCUUGUGUAAUAAACCCAAGCUUGGAUGAAAUGCAAAGCCAUGUCGCAGCAGUGAUUCAAAAUGCUAUUGAUGUACAUUAUGCUGUUUCAAGUUGGGGGAAGCAGGCGAAAACAGCUGCAAGAAAACUAAGGAGAGUAGGUGUCGAUGAAAUUCGUCACGAACGAUCAUUUUACAAAGCUGUAGCUGAACAUAAAGAUAUUGUUCGUGCCAUGCAGAACUUUUCCGGCGGUUUGCAUAUUUAUCAAGUGGAUAUCUCAAAAGCUUUGAAAGAUACAUAUGCCGAUUUCCAGUAUCUUUGGGCUGAAGAUCGUUCGGAUCAAAUCGAGGAGUUCGUGAAAGGAAACCCUCUCACAGCAGAUAUUCGAGAAAAAUUCAUUGAAUAUGAUACUCGUACUCAGGACAUUGCUAAAAUGAAUAAUACAAUAAUUAUUGGACCGAUCGAAAUCAGAUUAGAUAAGGCGAUUUCUUCAUUCGUGGAAGAAUCGAAGAAGUGGAAGCUAAUUUUAGGCAAACUAUUAGGGGCCAACUAUAAGAAACAAUUGGAUGAAAUGGUCGACUUUAUAGCGGAUAUGGAGAAUAUCUUGAGCAAACCAAUUAAAGAUUUAGACGAUGUUCGAAUGGCAAUGAACUGUCUUGAAAAAAUUCGCGACAAUUUUAUCCAAAUGGAUAUGGACCUUAUUACUAUGGUUGAAACCUAUCACAUGUUCUCAGAUUUUGAAAUCCACGUUCCCAAAGAAGAUUACGAGAAGGUCGAUAGCUUGCAAUUUGCCUUCAACAAUAUGCUUGAAAGUGCUAAGAAAGUAUCAGCUGAUAUAGCUGAAAUGGAAGGUCCACUGCUUGCUGAACUUAUGCAAGGAAUCGAACAAUUCAAUAAAGAACUCAACGAAUUCAAUACGGACUACGAACUGAAAGGGCCAAUGGUGGAAGGUAUCCCUGCCAAAGAGGCUAGUGAUCGUGUGUUCUUGUUUCAGAAUAGAUUUGAUGAGCUCUGGCGUAAAUUCGAGAUGUACAGCAGUGGAGAGAAAUUAUUCGGAAUGCCUAUCACGGACUAUCCAAUUUUGCACAAAAGGAAGAGAGAGUUCAACUUCCUCAAUAAGCUUUAUUCAUUGUAUAUCAUUGUAUUGAAAACUAUCGACGACUAUUCAGAAAUUCCGUGGGCUGAAGUUGAUAUUGAGAAGAUUUCAGGAGAGUUAGCGGAGUUCCAGUUGAAAUGUCGACGAUUACCUCGUGGCAUGCAAACCUGGCCUGCUUACAUAGACCUCAAAAAGAAAAUCGACGAUUUCAAUGAAAUGUGCCCACUUUUGGAACUAAUGACCAACAAAGCGAUGAAGGAACGCCAUUGGGAACGUCUCAGCAAGAUGAUGAAUAUGACAUUUGAUGUUACUAGUCCUAAGUUUACUUUGGGCAAACUUCUACAAGCGCCGAUUCUGAAAUUCAAGGAUGAUGUUGAAGAUGUUUGUGUGGGAGCUGUUAAAGAACUUGAGAUUGAAGCUAAGCUCAAACAAGUUAUAGUUGACUGGUCCUCAGUUAAUCUUCAGUUAGCACCGUUUAAGACUAGAGGUGAACUAUUGCUCAAAGGCGGUGAAACCAUGGAGAUUAUUACCAGCUUAGAGGACAGUUUAAUGGUUAUGAAUUCAUUGGCUACGAAUCGAUAUAAUGCACCUUUCAAAAAGGAUAUCAUGACCUGGUUAUCGAAAAUUGUCAAUACUGGUGAAAUAUUGGAGAAGUGGCUUCAAGUCCAAAAUCUGUGGGUUUAUUUGGAAGCAGUAUUUGUGGGAGGCGAUAUUGCCAAACAAUUGCCUGCCGAAGCUAAACGGUUUUCAAAUAUUGAUAAGAAUUACGUAAAGAUAAUGUAUAAGGCUAGGGAAGUCCCCAAUGCGGUUGAUUGUUGUACGAGUGAUGACACCAUUGCAACGGUGUUAAAUUUCCUGUUGAACCAGUUGGAAACAUGCCAGAAGUCGUUAACAGGCUACCUCGAAUCCAAACGAUUGAUUUUCCCCCGAUUCUUCUUUGUAUCUGAUCCUGUGUUGCUGGAAAUAUUGGGUCAAUCUUCUGAUCCAACAACGAUUCAACCACACCUGCUAAGUGUUUUUGACGCUGUGGCUACCGUUGAUUUUGAAUCGAAAACGAAUGAUCAUAUUUUGGCAAUGAAUUCAGCCAACGGAGAGAAAGUGAAUCUGGACAAUGGCGUCUAUUGCACGGGUGGUGUUGAAUUAUGGCUUGGAGCACUUUUGAAAGAAAUGCAGGAUAGCGUCCGUACAGUUCUUGCGCAGAUUGCUACAUCCUUAUCGGAUCCCGAAUUUAAUUUUGUUUUAGAGUUUCCAACUUUCUGUGGCCAAGCUGGACUUAUCGGUGUUCAGAUACUUUGGACGAAAGAUGCCGAAUAUGCUCUUCGUAAGAGUCGAACCGAUAAAACCAUAAUGAAGAAAACAAAUGCGAAAUUUUUAAAUUUACUGAAUAGUUUCAUUGAGCUGACUGUGAAGGAUCUGACAAAAUUGGAUCGCAUUCGUUUUGAGACUAUGGUUACAAUUCACGUGCAUCAAAGGGAUAUUUUUGAUGAUCUGUGUCGGUUGAAAAUAAAAUCAGUCACUGAUUUUGAAUGGCAAAAACAGGCCAGAUUUUACUACAAGGAAGAGAAUGAUGAUAUAAUUGUUGGAAUAACUGAUGUUGAUUUUCUUUACCAAAAUGAAUACUUGGGUGUGACAGAGCGAUUGGCCAUCACACCGUUAACUGAUAGAUGUUAUAUUACGUUGGCACAAGCUAUAGGAAUGAGUAUGGGAGGUGCUCCAGCAGGUCCAGCAGGAACUGGGAAAACUGAAACCACAAAAGACAUGGGUAGAGCUUUAGGAAAAUUAGUGGUGGUAUUCAACUGUUCCGAUCAGAUGGAUUUCAGAGGAUUGGGGCGAAUCUAUAAAGGACUUGCCCAGUCAGGAUCUUGGGGUUGCUUUGACGAAUUUAAUCGAAUCGAACUACCUGUGUUAUCUGUGGCUGCACAACAAAUCUACAUCGUACUAACAGCUAGGAAGGAGAAGAAAACACAUUUCAUUUUCAGUGAUGGAGACGUAGUUUCCUUGAAUCCGGAGUUUGGUCUCUUCAUCACUAUGAAUCCGGGUUACGCAGGACGACAAGAACUUCCUGAGAAUUUGAAAAUUAUGUUCCGUUCUGUAGCUAUGAUGGUACCUGAUCGACAAAUUAUCAUUAGGGUGAAAUUGGCCAGUUGUGGAUUCAAACAAAAUGUUGUACUAUCCAGAAAAUUCUUUACAUUAUAUAAACUAUGUGAAGAGCAGCUCUCAAAACAAGUUCACUACGAUUUCGGAUUAAGAAAUAUCCUUUCGGUACUUAGAACUUUGGGUGCCCAGAAACGUGCUAAUCCUUCUGACACUGAAGAAACGAUUGUCAUGCGAGUUUUGAGAGACAUGAAUGUUUCCAAAUUGAUUGAUGAAGAUGAGCCGCUGUUCUUAUCCCUUAUUGAAGAUAUGUUCCCAGGUAUCAAAUUAACUCAUGCCACAUACAAACAACUGCAAGCAGCAAUACAAACAACUGUUGAAGAUUUCAAAUACGUUAAUAGUCCCGAAUGGAAUUUAAAAGUUGUGCAAUUAUAUGAGACAUCUUUAGUAAGACACGGGUUGAUGACUAUGGGACCAACAGGAUCAGGAAAGACAAGCUGCAUUCAUACGCUUCUGAGAAGCUUUACGGAAAUGGGAUUAGUUCACAAGGAGAUGAGAAUGAAUCCAAAAGCCAUUACAGCCCCGCAAAUGUUUGGAAGAUUGGAUGUUGCAACUAACGACUGGACAGACGGUAUUUUCUCCACCUUGUGGCGAAGAUCACUCAAGAUCAAGAAAACUGAGUAUUGUUGGUUAGUUCUUGAUGGACCAGUUGACGCUGUAUGGAUUGAAAAUUUAAAUUCUGUCCUGGACGAUAAUAAAACAUUGACAUUGGCCAACGGGGAUCGCAUUAAAAUGACUGACAAUUGUAAAUUAGUUUUCGAACCUGAUAACGUGGAUAAUGCAUCUCCUGCUACGGUUAGCCGAGUGGGAAUGGUUUUCAUGAGUUCAUCCGUUUUGAACUGGAAAACACUGUUAGAGGCAUGGUUGAAGCAAAGAGCAAACGAUUCACCUCAGUUCAGGAGUUUCUUUGAACGUCUUUACGGUGAUGCAUACGAGUUCCUCCGAACCAAAUUAAUAGCAAAGAUGUCGAUUUUGGAAGCUUUGUAUAUGAGACAAUGUCUUUGCACACUGGAUGGUCUGUUAACUCCAGGAGUAACUUAUUCUGAACGACAUUUAGAAAGACUAUUCCUUUUCACUCUCAUGUGGACUCUUGGUGCUGUGUUGGAAUUGGAUCAACGACAAUUACUUGAGGAAUUCUUACUGAAACAUCCAUCAAAAAUGAGUUGGCCGAAAAAACAAAAAACCGAAUCAAUUUUCGAAUAUCUUGUAAGCGAGAAAGGCGUUUGGGUACAUUGGGAUACUCAAGUGGAGGAUUAUGUAUAUCCGCCAGAUUAUAUUCCAGAAUAUGCUUCGAUUUUGGUUCCAAAUGUUGAUAAUGUUCGAACAGCAUUCCUCAUGAAUAACAUUGCGAAGCAAGGUAAAGCUGUGUUGUUGAUUGGUGAACAGGGUACGGCGAAGACAGUCAUGAUUAAAGGUUAUAUGUUGACUUAUGAUCCAGAGGAGCAUCUGUCGAAAAGCUUUAAUUUUUCGUCUGCAACAACACCCAACAUGUACCAGAGAAUCAUCGAAUCAUACGUGGAAAAACGUGUGGGUACUACAUAUGGCCCACCUGGGCAACGGAAAAUGACAAUAUUUGUGGACGAUAUAAACAUGCCUAUUAUUAACGAAUGGGGUGAUCAAAUUACAAAUGAAAUUGUAAGACAAAUGAUCGAACAAGGAGGAUUUUAUUCAUUGGAUAAACCAGGUGAUUUUCUAUACAUCAAUGAUAUUCAACUACUUGCCGCCAUGAUCCAUCCUGGUGGUGGACGAAACGAUAUCCCCAAUAGAUUGAAAAGACACUUCUGCAUUUUCAAUGCCACCCUGCCCAGCAACAAUUCUAUGGAUCAAAUAUUCCGUAAAAUUGGCGAAGGAUAUUUUUGUGCAGAACGAUUUCCACAGAACAUUGUUGAGUUUGUUCCUUUGUUGAUUCCACUAACGAGAAUAUUCUGGCAGAAUGUGAAGGCAAAGAUGCUUCCCACCCCUGCAAAGUUCCAUUAUGUAUUCAAUUUGCGAGAUUUAUCUAGGAUUUGGGAGGGAAUAAUAUAUAUUCAACAGCCAGAGUGUACCUCAGUGAAAACUUUAAUAAAGCUCUGGCGCCAUGAGUGCACCCGAGUCAUUGCUGACCGAUUCACCACAUUUGCGGAUAAAGAAUGGUUCUUCGAUAAAAUGGAAAAGGAUUGCAAAGCUCUAUUGGGAGAUUAUUUCUCGGACUAUGACGCUUCUGAAACAUAUUUCGUUGAUUUCUUAAGAGACCCACCGGAAGCAACAGAAAACGAUGAGGAAGAAAUAUCCUUGGAGCCACCCAAAAUUUAUGAGGAAAUACCGAGUUUUGAAGCAACAUUGAAGAAAGUUCACUUCUAUAUGGGACAAUUCAAUGAAUACGUUCGAGGAUACCAUUUAGAUUUGGUGUUCUUCCAUGAUGCGCUAAUGCAUUUGAUGAUAAUAUCCCGGAUUGUGAGAACAUCAAGAGGCAAUGCUCUCUUGGUUGGAGUUGGUGGUUCUGGUAAACAAAGUUUAACCCGACUUGCUUCCUUUAUCGCUGGUUAUAAGUUCUACCAAAUAACCUUGACACGAGCGUACAAUGCCCAAAAUUUAGUAGAAGACUUCAAGUACCUUUAUAGAACAGCUGGAUUUGAGAACCAUGGUAUUACGUUCAUUUUCACCGAUAACGAAAUAAAGGAGGAGUCAUUCCUAGAGUACUUAAACAAUGUUCUCAGCUCAGGUGAAAUCGCAAAUCUGUUUGCUAAAGAUGAGAUGGACGAAAUUUUGAGCGAUAUCAUACCACAAAUGAAAAAAGCUCAACCGAAACGUCCUCCUACCAUCGAUAAUCUCUACGACUUCUUUAUAUCACGAGCUAGAAACAACUUGCACAUAGCAUUAUGCUUCUCUCCGAUUGGAGAAAAAUUCCGAUUGCGUGCCUUGAAAUUCCCAGGUCUAAUUUCUGGCUGUACAAUCGAUUGGUUCCAAAAGUGGCCUGAGGAUGCACGAGUAGCCGUUUCAAACUUCUAUCUGGAGUCAUUCGAAAUUGUCUGCAGUAACGAGGUGAAAACUGAAGUAAUAAACAUUAUGAGUUACAUUCAUGCUUAUGUGGAAGAAAUCUGCGCUGAGUAUUACGAUCGAUUCCGACGGCAGACCUACGUUACACCCAAAUCAUUAAUUUCGUUUUUGGAGUGCUAUAAAAGGGUAUAUCAAGAAAAAAGAGAAAAUAUCCUUGAAAUGGCUCAGAGAAUGACAAACGGUUUGAAAAAAUUGGAAGAAGCUGCAGAAUCGGUGAAGGUGUUAGAAGUGGAUUUGAUAGCAAAGAAUAAGGACAUUAUUGUUGCAACCGAGGCCGCCGAAGAAGUAUUGAAGGAAGUAUCAAAAUCUACUGCUGCUGCAGAAGAAGUUAAGGAACAAGUGCUGAUUAUAAAAGGUCGGGCCGAAGAGCUGGUAGAACAAAUAUCCGCAGAUAAGGCCGUAGCUGAAGGAAAACUUGAAAAGGCUAAACCAGCAUUAGAAGAGGCCGAAGAAGCGUUAAGAACAGUUAAAGCUUCUGAUAUUGCUACUGUACGAAAAUUGGGGAAACCGCCGUAUCUAAUUACCCUUAUUAUGGACGCCGUGUUGAUUCUUUUUGGUAAAAGAUUAGAAUAUGUAAAACCUGAUCCCGAAAAGGUUUUCCUUGUACCAUCGUGGGCUGAAUCUCUUAAAGUUAUGUCUGAUACCAGAUUUUUGGCAAAAAUCGUUGCAUACCCCAAAGAUACAAUUAACGCUGAAAUGAUAGACCUGUUGGUACCGUAUUUUAGUUACAGUUUAUACACUUUCGAAGCUGCAAAAGUAGCUUGCGGAAACGUUGCUGGUCUGCUAUCUUGGACAAUCGCUAUGUCGAAAUACUAUGCGGUAAAUAAAGAGGUAUUGCCGCUCAAAGCAAACUUAGCCAUUCAGGAAGCUAAAUAUAAUAAGGCCACCGCUGAAUUAGAGGAAGCCAGUCAAAUGUUGCAGGAAAAGGAAAACGAAUUGAAUGUCGUCCGAGCAUUAUUUGAUGAAGCGAUGGGAAAGAAAGCCUUGGUAUUGGAAGACGCCAGGAAAUGCCAAGAAAAAAUGGACGCAGCGGCGGCGCUUAUUUCUGGACUUGCAGGUGAACGAAUACGAUGGACAGAACAAUUGGCUCAAUUCAAAAAUGAGACUGAUAGACUCGUGGGAGAUGUUAUUUACCUGACUGGGUUCUUGUCUUAUACGGGACCUUUCAACCAAGAAUUCAGAGCCAAAUUACAGAAUGCUUGGUUCACUGAAAUAUUGGCAAGGAAGAUCCCAAUGUCAUCAAAUAUAAACACCAUAGAAAGCUUGACUGAUAGUUCCACUAUCGGUGAAUGGAACCUCCAGGGCUUACCGAGUGAUGAGUUGUCCAUACAAAAUGGUAUAAUCGCGACGAAAGCAGAUCGUUAUCCGUUGCUGAUUGAUCCACAAUCUCAAGGGAAAGCAUGGAUCAAGAAUAAGGAGAAGCAAUUUAAUCUUAUUGUUACUUCGUUGAAUCAUAGAUAUUUCAGAAAUCACAUCGAAGACGCCGUAUCUAUGGGUCUACCGAUUAUUAUUGAGGAUGUAGGAGAACAGCUUGAUCCUAGUUUGGACAAUGUUUUCGAAAAAAAUCUCAUCAAAAUAGGAACCACAUUCAAAGUCAAGAUUGGAGAUAAGGAAGUCGAUUUUAACAAUGAUUUCCGAAUGUACGUUACCACGAAACUUCCAAAUCCUGCAUACACACCAGAAAUAUUUGCACGAACAUCAAUCAUAGAUUUCACUGUAACCAUGAAAGGUUUAGAAGAUCAGUUGCUAGGAUUGGUCAUCAUAAAAGAGAAACAAGAACUAGAAGAAGAUCGGACGAAACUCAUACAAAACGUUACCAGAAACAUGAAGAAUAUGAAAGAAUUGGAGGCGAAUCUUUUACAUAAGUUAUCUACCACUCAGGGAAGUCUUCUAGAUGAUGUGACUGUAAUUGAAGUUUUAAACACAAGCAAAAAUACAGCGAUGCAAGUGAAAGAAGAACUUGAAAUCGCUAAAGUAACAGAAGCGAAAAUUAAUGCAGCCCGAGAGGAGUUCCGACCUGUUGCCACUCGUGGUAGUGUCCUCUAUUUUCUGGUGUGCACAAUGGCAAUGGUCAACGUAAUGUACCAGACUUCCUUAGUUCAGUUCCUUGAACGUUUUGAUUUGUCUAUGACCAAUUCCAAGAAGACGCAUGUAACCCAACAAAGGAUCAAGCGGAUAAUCGAGUAUUUGACCUUCGAUAUUUAUGCCUACAAGUCAAGGGGCUUGUACGAAAUGCAUAAAUAUUUAUUCGUUAUGAUGAUGGCUUUCAAUAUCGACAUGCAGGUUGGCAAUGUAUCCUAUGAUGAAUUUCAGAAUUUUAUUAAGGGUGGAGCCGCUCUAGACAUCAAAGAAUGUCCACCGAAACCAUUCAACUGGAUUACAGACAUAACAUGGUUGAAUUUGGUUGCACUGACUAAAUUACGGCAGUUUUCCAAAAUUUUAGAGCAGAUUGGUGAAAACGAACGACCAUGGCGUAAUUGGUAUCACAAGGAAAAUCCUGAAAACGAGACUAUUCCUGAUGGCUACAAUUCUUUGGAUCCUUUCAGAAAAUUACUCCUUAUAAGAGCCUGGUGUCCAGAUAGGACUUUAUCCCAAAGUAGAAAAUAUUUAGCUCAUUCCUUGGGAGAAAAUUUCGCCGAGCCUGUUAUAUUGAAUUACGAUACAAUGCUUGCUGAAAGUCGUCCUCUUACUCCGCUAAUUUGUUUCCUUUCCAUGGGAUCAGAUCCAACUCCAAAUAUUGAAGCACUGGCUAAAAAGAAUGAGUUGACGUGCCAAGCAAUGUCGAUGGGUCAGGGUCAAGAAAUACAUGCUAGAAAACUAAUGUCCGAAUGUCUAGAGAAUGGAGGUUGGGUGCUAUUGCAAAACUGCCAUUUAGGGUUAGAGUAUAUGAACGAAUUAACCGUACAGCUAUUGGAGCUGGAGAAAGCCGGAACCGGAUACCAUGAAAAUUUCCGUGUAUGGAUGACCACAGAAGUUCAUAACUCAUUCCCUAUUACACUCCUACAAUUAUCCAUCAAAUUCACAAACGAACCACCAUCAGGCAUUCGUGCUGGGCUGAAGCGGACUUAUGGAAAUUUGUCUCAAGAUUUUCUGGAUUACAGUGAAAAUCCGUGGUAUCAUCCUUUAGUAUUUGGUGUUUCCUAUUUGCAUACUGUGGUUCAGGAACGAAGAAAGUUUGGACCCCUUGGAUGGAAUAUUCCUUACGAAUUCAACUCUGCUGAUUGGCUUGCAAGUUGUAUGUUUAUGCAGAAUCACUUGGAUGAUAUUGAUCCGAAAAAGGGAAUAAGCUGGAGUACGGUUCGGUAUAUGUUAGGUGAAGUUCAAUAUGGAGGAAGAGUUACAGAUGAUUAUGAUAAACGUUUGUUGAACACUUUCGCUAAAGAAUGGUUUUCUGAAAGGCUGUUUGAUGAUAAAUUUGCAUUUUUCGAUGGCUAUCCCAUUUUGAAAUUCAAAUUGCAAGAAGAUUAUUUACAGGCGAUCGAAUUAUUCCCUGCGGUAGAUCCUCCACAAGCUUAUGGUCUGCACCCUAACGCAGAUAUCACAUAUCAAACAAAUACGACAAAGUCUAUUCUAGAUACGAUUAUUGCCGUUCAGCCGAAAGAAUCAUCCGUUGGUGGUGGAGAAACGCGGGAAGCAGUUGUUGCUAGAUUAGUAAAAGAUAUGCUUGACAAGGUUCCACCAGCAUACGAUCCUUUUGCAGUGAAAGCUAGACUGCAGAUGAUGGGUCCUUUGCGUUCAAUGUGUAUCUUCCUCCGGCAGGAAAUCGACAGAAUUCAAAAGAUUAUUGUGCUUGUAAGGUCAACCUUUAAAGAUCUCUUACUGGCAAUUGAAGGAACGAUUAUAAUGAGUGAACAAUUACGAGAUGCUUUGGAUUGUAUUUUUGACGCAAAAGUGCCAACCAUUUGGCUUCGUGGCAGUUGGACAUCAUCCACUUUGGGAUUCUGGUUUUCCGAGCUAUUGGAAAGAAAUCAUCAAUUCUAUAACUGGUGCUUUGUGAAUGAACCUGCCGUAUUUUGGAUGUCAGGAUUUUUCAAUUCCCAAGGAUUCUUAACAGCCAUGAAGCAAGAAGUGGCGCGUGCACAUAAAGGUUGGGCCCUGGAUCAAGUGUCUUUACAUAAUUUUGUCACAAAAGCAACCGCAGAAGAAUGCAAAAAGCCACCAAAAGAAGGGGUCUACGUACAUGGUUUGUACUUAGAUGGCGCUGGUUGGGAUAAGAAAAAUUCCCGGUUAAUCGAAGCUACUAAUAAGGUGCUUUACACAUUGAUGCCAGUUAUUCAUAUUUUCGCCAUUGAUUCGAUUGCCCCUAAAAGUCCAAAGCUUUAUCAGAGUCCAGUGUACAAGAAAAUGUCCCGAACGGAUUUGAAUUACAUAACACCACUUUGGCUGGAAACAUCAAAACCUCCAAAUCAUUGGGUGCUGAGAGGUGUUGCGUUAUUGUGUGAUAUUAAGUGAUGAAUUGAAUUUAUUGUGUUGAGUUAUCUA